AUGUCAAGAAUCCAAGGCGAACGAGUCUUCUGUCACCAAUGCCAGAACGAAUGGGAUCGAGCGCACGGAGGACUCACCUGCCCCCGAUGUGAAGGAGACUUCACAGAAAUUCUCGAACCCGGCGAGGCCCAGUCCAGCCAUGAUUUUGACCGGUCUUCGUCCCCAUCCUUGCCCGUCGAACCCCCGUCAUCAACCCCCAGCAGUUUCGAUGACUACGCUGCGCUACGAAACCAUAACCCUUGGUCUGAAGACGCAAACGACGAUAUCGGGACAGAUGUCACAACGUUCGAGCUGACAACCGCCGGCGGAGGUGGAAGAAUGGUUCUCAGCACCCGCACAUGGAGGAGUGAUGGGCGCAAUGUACGAACAGAUGAGCUAUAUGAAGUGAUUGAUGAGACAGGACAAGUGCUUACCCGGCUGGACGAACUACAGGAUCAAGGCAUGCUUCCUCCCAUGUUCAAUCUAGAUCCCUUCGGAUUCCCGCGAGGGCAAGUCGUUGGCGGAAGGGACGACCCUCAUCUCCAUUUGCAGCCGGCGGGCUUACAAGAUCUUUUCUCCCUCAUAUUUCAAUCAAUGCAACCAGAAGGCUUUCAUACUCCAGACACCGACGACAGACGAAGGGGAGGCCCGGCCCCUCUGCCAUUCGACCUUCUCCAUCAAAUGCUCAACCCCGCCAAUGCUCGAGCAGGGGACAUGGUGUACAGUCAGGAAGCCUUCGAUCGGGUUAUGACGCAGCUCAUGGAACAACACAACACAAGUACUGCACCUCCGCCAGCAUCAGAAGAAGCCAUUCUAUCUCUCAAAAAGAAGAAAGUAGAUCGAGAAAUGCUAGGCGACGAAGGGAAGGCUGAGUGUUCAAUAUGCAUGGACAAUGUUGAGUUGAACAACGAGGUGACUGUCCUUCCGUGCAAUCACUGGUUUCACGGUGACUGUGUAACAGCAUGGCUGAAAGAACACGAUACUUGCCCUCACUGUCGGAAACCCAUAACGGAACCAGAAGAUCGCCAGCGGCCGGGACUUUCAAGGCGGAGACACAGCCGGCGAGCCUCUUCGAUGUCAAGUCCACGUGCCUAUACCCCCCCUGAAAGCGAUCGAUUCAACCCUGCACCGCUUCCAGAAAGUCCCCGCACUAUACGAGAAGCCAGAGAGUCCUACUAUGGGCGGAGACAAGACUACGAUAUGCAACAUCCUGAAACCCACCGUCACUCAAGCAUGCAAAGUGACCUAAGGCGGCAUAGCUCAAGAAACCAGAAUGGAAGCAGUAGCAGAAGUCGCAAUGGUGGGAACAGCGGAGGUGUGACAGGCUGGAUUAGAGAUCGUUUGCCAUUCUCUUGA